AUGGCCCGCAGUCAGACCGAUAAACAACGCAUGAAACUGCCGUUCUUGCUCAACAGUGCGGCAAGGGCGUCUUCCGUUGGCGAACUUGAGAAUGUUUUUGGGAAGCUGCUGAAGGCGAUUCCACACCUUGAAGGGGUGCAGGUGUCUAACAUCCUCAACGCGCUUUCGAAGAAGGAUGUUCCGCACCGUAAGGAAUCGUGGCUCGAAGUUUCAGCGCGGCUUUUGGCCGAAGAUUCCAGACAGUGCGCACGGGGAGAUAGUCAGAUAGGGGUAAUUGCUGGAAACCAGCUCGGCAAUCAGAAACCCUUACGCCAAAAUGCAUCUUCCACGAUUCAAACACUCCAUAACGCCACAAAUGGAAGCUCAUCAAGCUUAGGCAACAAUGAAUGCAGUUUUUCAGGGCGCAUUACGGGUGCGUCCAGCCUACUGGCAAGCUACGACAUCAGGGACGUCACCAUCAUACUGAACGCAUUCUCAAAAGUAGGAGUCAUGCCGCCCGAGUUAAUGCAAACCGUAAUCAAUAUUGUGAUGUCGCACGUAAACCGCUUGGGCGGUCAGGAGCUGUCGAAGAUGAUUCACACGAUGGGAAAACACGGAAUGAUCGACGACCUAAAUGCAGUACUGAAUAGGCACGGCCGCGGCCUCGAGGAUUGCCUCGCUAACGAGAGGGAUUAUUCAAUGGCACUGAGAGUUGUAAUGUUAAAUCAAGAUAAGCUUAAGGGAUCGGACGCGUUCAAUGUGCUUGUUGGUGUGAUUGACAGCAAAUUCAAAGAGAUGAGCGAUACUUCUCUGGCGAUCCUUGUGAACUCCAUAGGCAGGUACGGCAAAGAUGAGAGGGGAAUAAUGCCGCUACUGGCACCGAUUAUCAUAAAACGUUUGCGUUCGGGGGCGUUUGACUACAUGUCCAUUGCGCAGAUCGCCAACGGUGUCGCGCGGGUUUCAUUCCUGAACGUGCAGUUGAUGGACGCUAUCGUACAAAGGGUCACCGAAAAUAUCCACUUCUUCACUGCUAGAUGCAAAGUCUCUAUUCUCAAUGCAUUCCAUAAAUUGCGCUUCUUCAACUUUAAGUUGUUUGAUGCUUUGAUGUUGGACCUCACCUUCGCUAAUGCAGAUAUGACUCCACAAUGCAUCGCAAACACGAUCUCGGCAACUGCCUAUUUUUACAAGAGAAUGCGAACAGAGGGCUUGUUUGACCUUUAUAAGGCCCUAUGCCGCCGGAUAUCCUAUUACGAAUCAUUGCAAAGCUUCAACAUGCAGAAUCAGGUGAACAUCCUGAAUGGGCUUUCCAAGGUGGGUUUCGAAGAUCGCAAGCUGUAUAGCCGCUUCGGUGAUAACAUAUUAAACACGAACGCGCAUGUGAGUCCAAUGGACGUUGCCGUACUUCUCAAUGCUUUCGCGAGAGCAAAGAUGGUGCACGGAUUAGCCGUGCACCUCUGCAAAAACAUUGCCAACUACAUCUAUAGUAUGAAGCCCCAGGAAGUAACGUGCUCUCUCAACUCUAUAAAUGCACUUCGGAAGUGUAGCGAUUCAUGCAAACACGAGAUAGACGACACGGUGUGGACGUCUGCCAUCAGAGCAAUCGUGGAUUAUAUGAUGAAAGAAAUUGAUUUCGUCUCCAGCUGCAGGCCAUUGGAUGUCAGGCUCACGAUUGUAAGCCUCGCUGAGUCAGGCAUAGUGAAUCGAGAUUUAUACUCGAUGCUGCUUAAUUGCCUGGGAACAAAAAUUAAGUUUGCGUCGAUGUGGGACUUAGUUUGUCUGUUUUCUGCCCUUCAUAAAGUCGGAUAUGCGGUGGACACCAAACUUCUAGAUGCCGUGGAGGAAUCUCUGGAGUGCAUUGCUGAAGGCAAGGCCAGGAUCCAUAGCGACGUAAAAGCACUGCACAACAUUUUGACGAAAAAGUAUCCGAAUCACACGCUAAUCAGCAGAUUGGCACAUUUUAGUUAA